AUGGGCAAAUACCGCUCCAGAGGCGGGUGCCUCACCUGUCGAGCUCGCCGCGUAAAAUGCGACGAAACACGGCCGGUGUGCAAGGCCUGCAGUAAGAAGAACCGGCCUUGUCAGUGGGAAGCACCGCAUACCAAGUUCAAGGACUAUCAGCCUGAGGCGUCGUCAAGCAUGUCUGUUACUGGUGGCGAAGAGGAUGGCAGCAAGAUUGAAGAUGGAGAAAUGGAGGUGGAUGGGGUUGGUGACUUGGACGAUAUGGAUGGAGUAGACGGCGUCGACGGCGUCGACGGAGUGGAUGGGAGUGCAGACAGUGAUUCUCGGGGUACUUCACCGAAGCGGAGAAACAGUCGGACCGGCGUCUCGGAGGCCCCUUCCGCCAGUUGCAUGUCUUCUCCCCCAACCCAGGUAUCGCCAGGCUCACCCUUCUUUGUCCCGGGACCAAGAAACUCGACAAGUGUCGUGUCUACCGGGGGGUUGCGGCGACCGCUAGAACUGCAAGGCCAGUCGGGCGUUGCCUCCUCACAUGAACCGACGCCUCUCAAGCACAACGAGGCCCUGCUUGUACACCAUUACACCGAACACCUUGGCCGCUGGCUUGACUGUACCGAUGCGACCCGGCAAUUCACGCUAGGCAUCCCAGAAAAGGUCAAGUCAUGCCCAGUGCUCCUCAAUGCUGUACUAUGUUUCGCUGCCCGUCACCGCAGAGACGACACCACGGCCGAGGUAGCUUAUCAGCGCUGCAUUGCUCUACUCAUCGACCGUCUCAACGAAGACGAGGCUAGUCACGAUGAAACCCUUCUUUGUGCUAUAGUCAUCUUACGUUUCUACGAGCAGCUCACCGUCUCGUCCAGCACAGGCUCAGACGAUGGACAACAUCUUGCGGGCUGCUCGGCCAUUAUCCGCACGUCUCAAAAUCAUUUCGUAGAUCCUUCAGCGCCUACCCUGCGUGAGGCUGCCUUUUGGGUCUAUGUCCGUCAGUGUCUCUAUAACGCCACUAUCAAUCAGCAGCCGCCUGAUGUAGACUUCUCGCUGCGGUUGCAUCCUACCCCAGGCUCCAUACCCGAUUUGCAUCCUCUUGCUCAUCUACGAUUAGAGACUGCUUGGGCUAAUCAGAUGACAUGGAAUACGGCCCGUGUCGCCAACUUCUGCUUCGAAGGCACUGAGCCAGCAAGCGACCGCGCUUACAGAAGUCGUCGAUGGCAAGAGCUUUGGGAUCUUGUCGAAACAUGGGCUAGUAACAGACCGGCAGGGUUCAAUCCAAUCUACCAAGGCCAAGCCAGCGACAAGGGUGUCUUCCCUGAGAUUUGGUUCACAGCUGACUGGCAUGGUGAAGCCUUUGGAUUCUAUCACUUUGCAUGCAUUUUAUUGCUCAGUCACAAGCCGGGGCCAAAAUUUGCGAUUCGCAAUGUUAAGAGACUAUCAGAAACAGAUCGGCAGAUCCUAGAACACGCUCGCGCGAUAUGUGGAGCGUGCAAAAGCUCGCCGGAAAUCGUCCCGCUGUUGAUAACGUUAUGUCACACUAUCUUCAUAUGGGGCCCGCUUGUUUCGAGCCCCCUUGAGCGAGAUGAGGUGAUACAACUGCUUCUUAACUUCGAAACUGUUCAUUUUUGGCCGACCACCUGGAUCAUCAACGCACUAAAAGGCGAAUGGGGAAUCGUUUGA